UAAAAAAAGCGAUGACCUACUGGGAGAGCAACACUUGUAUUAGAUUCCCACCGUAUAACUCGGGCGCAGGGCAUUCUGAUAGAAUUAGCUUUAAAAAAGAUAAUGGAUGUUACCUUUACGUUGGUCGCACUGGUAAUGGUGCUCAAGAUAUUUCUAUCGGAUAUGGUUGUGCAUAUAAAGGAACUAUUGCUCACAAAAUUGGUCAUGCAAUAGGAUUCUGGCAUGAACAAAGUCGCACAGACCGAGAUGAUUACGUUACAGUCACAAUUUCAACAAAUAUACCUCUGCGGAUGUUAAUAUGUACAACGUGCCAUACGACAUUGGAUCGAUUAUGCAUUAUGGUGCUAAGGUAG